UGGGUUUUUUUUUUUUCUUUCGUACAUUCCAUUUCUCUCUCUUGAUUGUCUCUCACACUCGUAUUAUUCACACUUCUGAAAGCUUCUCUCAUCACCAUUACGCUUCUGCUCAUUGCUUCGAAACUUUUCAGAUCGGUGUCUUUUUCUCUCCGACUACACAAAGGAUUGAAGGUUAUGAUCAUAUGGUUUCAUUUGCAUACUACUUAAAUAGUUAAGCAUGAGAAAUGAAGUGAAUUGUUAAAAGGGUAAUUGGUAAAUGGGGAUCCAAACAGUGGGGUCUCAAGGUGGUGGAGAUGGUAGUGGAAAACGAUCACAACUCCACCCUCUUAUGCAACAAAACUCAGUGUACAGUCUCACACUCGAUGAGGUUCAAAAUCAGUUAGGUGAUUUAGGGAAGCCACUAAGUAGUAUGAACCUCGACGAGCUUCUGAAAAAUGUAUGGACAGUUGAAGUGAGCCAAUCAACGAGUACGGAGAACGAAGGCACAGCACAGGCUAGUCAAGCUUCUCUACAACGUCAAGCUAGUCUGUCGUUAACAGACGCAUUAAGCAAGAAGACUGUGGAUGAGGUUUGGAGAGAUAUCCAACAAAAGAAAGACGGCGAGGAAAAGAAGUCACGAGAGAGACAAACUACUUUAGGAGAGAUGACAUUGGAAGAUUUCUUGGUGAAAGCAGGUAUUGUUGCUCAAGCAUCUUCUAAUAAAACAAACGCCGAUUCUACAGAAGGGAUUGAUUCAAACGUAGCAGUAUCGCAGUUUCCUCCGCAAGGUCAGUGGAUACAGUAUCCGCAACCACAAUAUCAGCAUCCACAACAAAGUUUCAUGGGAGUUUAUAUGCCUAGCCAGGGUUUAGCACAGCCGUUGCACAUGGGAGCCGGUGCUUCAUUGGACAAUCCCUUUGCGGAUAGUCAUAUGGCAUUGGCUUCACCUCUUAUGGGAACAGUGUCGGAUACACAGAUGCCUGGAAGAAAAAGGAGCACUCCAGAGGAUAUGGUGGAGAAGACAGUUGAGAGAAGGCAGAAAAGGAUGAUCAAGAAUCGGGAAUCUGCUGCACGUUCUAGAGCAAGGAAACAGGCUUACACAAAUGAAUUGGAGAAUAAAGUGUCGCACUUGGAAGAGGAAAAUAAAAAGCUGAAGAGACAAAAGGAGCUAGAGAAUAUGUUACCAUGUGAACCAAUUGAAGAACCUAAAUAUCAACUACGUCGAAUAGCAUCUUCGCCAUUCUGAGAUCUGUGUACCUUUAAGUAGAGAGGUUUGUAGAUAUGAGAAUCAGUGAAUGUUUCUUUUAAGUUAAUGCAAGGUUGAUUAAGUGGAAUAUAUGUGAUGCUUUCUAACUCCUCUGUUAAGUUCUUCAGUAAUUAUAGGCAAUAUUGUAGUUUUACUAUAUUCAUUAUAUAGCUAUUUCAAUCAUGGGUUGAUUUUAUUU